AUGGUUCUUGACUACAGCAAAUGGGAUGCGCUUGAGCUAUCCGAUGAUUCGGAUAUCGAGGUCCACCCUAACGUUGACAAGCGUUCGUUCAUUCGAGCCAAGCAAAACCAGAUCCAUCAGCAACGAGAGCAACGCCGCCAUGAUAUCAAGACUCUCAAGUAUGAGCGCAUCAUCAACGAUGGUCUCCUCUCGCGCAUCGACAAGCUUCUCACCGCGCUCAAGCAACACGAGAAUACCUCUACCUCUCCCGAGCAGCCUAUUUUCCAGACGAUCAUGGAGUUCGCCAGCAACCCCGCAGACGAUCAAGCCCCGCCACCACCGGAGGGCGUCUAUACACAUGAAAAGGAGCAGCCCAAGUACUCCCAAAUGAUAAGCUCGCUGCUGGACAUGGUCAAGAAAGAUCUCGGUGAUUCGAAACCUGACAACAUGAUCAGCGCAUACAUCAAAGGCGUCGAGGAACACCAGACCAAGGUGCAGAAUCUGCAGACGGAAUUGUUGACAAAGCUCGCUGGGCUGGAGAAGGAAGAGAGCAGCAAGAUCACCAGUGACAAAUUGCACGAUGGGUUCAACCAGUCCCACAUCAGCAAGUCUACUGAGAAACCCAAAGAUACUUCAUCCAAGACAACUGAAGUACAGCUGCUGAACCCUGGCGCGGGGAGCUCGAACGCGGCCGAGAAUGACGACGAUGAUGACCCGGCUGAUGUCGAGAUUAGUGAACUUGGCAGGAAGUUCGCCCGUCUCCGACCCAAUGACUAUGCUGCCUAUCUGCAAUUUAUCAGUGAACACCCCCAGAUUAUUGCCGAGAAGGAGACCGAUGGCCUGCUUGUCGAGGCUUUCAACACUCAAAUGAAGGGCCAGGAGGCAUAUGCCCGGCAGUGUGUACACCAAGCUUUACUUCUGCAGUACUGCCGCUCCCUUGGUCCUGAUGGCAUUAAGCUUUUCUUUAACCGCAUUACAACUAAGGAGCACCGCGCAGCGGCUCUGUUCAGCAACGACGUCAAUGAAACAUAUCACCGCAUCAAGAGUCGUGCAGCCGAGCUGAGCAAAGAUGGAUCUGCCUCUAACGACCCCGCGGGUGUUGAGCAGAUCCAGCUGCACGCCGUUGACCCCAACACGAAGAUCACAAUCAACCUCCCCCGGCCAAACAGCGAGGAUCCCAUUGAGAUUGAGGCUCGCAAGAUCUUUGAUGCCUUCUCUCCAGAGCUUCAGAAGGCCCUCGAAUCCGAGUCUCUGGACGAGGUGAACAAGGUACUUGGCAAGUUGUCUGUGCCGGACGCGGAAGUGGUUGUCGAGCAGUUGGGCGAAAGUGGUAUGCUCAGUAUGGAGGAAGGCAUUAUUGAUGGUACCACCGAAGAGGGCCAGAAGAAGCUAGCAGAACUUGAGGCUGAAGGUAGGCUGGAGCAGGUUGGAGAGCCUGCUGGUGACGUUACGGAACUGGAUUAA